UGCUCAAUUCUCUUUUAGGGAAACCAGCAGCUCCCAAUAAAACAGAGAGCAUCCUUAGUCGGAAACCCCCCAUUCAACCAAAGCCAGUCGUGGUGACCACUGUCCCAGGACAGCCAGCCACCUCUUCCAGUAAGACCAUCUUGUUGCAGUCAGUACCUGUAACCCAAUCGCAGAGUGUCAACCCUGGAAUCUCAGUUCCAGCACAGAGUGUUGUGAUUUCCCAAUCUGAGCUGCUGCAUCUCCCAGUGUCUGGUUUGAUCAAGGUUCAGUCUCCAGUGAAGGAGGUUCUCUCACCUAAACCAGCCCCCUCAAUCCCCAAGCCAGAAGCUAAAACUAUCAUCCCUGCACCAGCACAGAUAGGACCCUGCAACCAAGAGAUUGAUAUCAAGGUCUUGAAAAGGCAGCAGCGGAUGAUAAAAAAUCGUGAAUCAGCUUGUCAGUCCCGCCGAAAAAAGAAGGAAUACCUCCAAGGAUUGGAAUCCCGGCUGCGAGAGGCCCUUGCAGAGAAUGAGAGGCUACGGCGUGAGAAUGCUCUCCUUCGGCGCCGGCUAGAUGGUGUCCUGGACGAGAACAGCGACCUGAAGUUUGGCUCCGGGAACCGAAAAGUGAUCUGCGUCAUGGUUGUGCUGCUCUUCAUAGCCUUCAAUUUUGGGCCUGUCAGCAUCACUGAGCGCAAAGUUGCCAAUGUGUCUCAGCCCAAGCAGGAACCGGAGUCUGGCCCAGGCCAGAGGCAUCUUCUAAGCAUUACACAAGAAGCUCUUGAAAUGCCAGAAGAGGAGCAGGAGGAACAGCAAGAGGAGACCCUGGCAAGGCCAGGCAAGGCCCAAUUCAGGAACUUGUCAACUCCCUUCUCAGACAUGAAGGACCUCAUGUUGAGGGACCUGGACGAGCUGUUCCUCGCUUCAGAUUGCCGCCAAUUCAACCGCACUGAAUCGCUCCGGUUGGCAGAUGAGCUCAGCGGCUGGGUCCGACGACACCAGAUCAACCGGCGGAAACCUUUACAAACUCACAAAGCAGCUCAGAGCAACCAGGAGAAGCCACAAAAGAAGUCUCCGAGCCCUUCCCACUAUGUUCCAGCCAGUCCCCCCAAAUACCCCGAGGGGGAUUCUCUGAGACAGUUGCAGGUGUAUCAUCAUCCCGAUCAUACAGAGCAUGACUUCAUGGAUGCCAUUGACCGCCGAGAGGAUACUUUUUACGUUGUGUCCUUCCGCAGGGUGAGUGAAGAGCUGUCUGCAUUCUUUCAGCCUCCCAAAUAAACCAGUCCAGGAAACCAAGGAUGAACUAAUUCUACUUAAUUGCAUAGCUACAUUAACAGAAUCUUGAGCAAGCAUGAAAUUACAAAUCCCCAGCUGUCUUUUUUCACUGCUUGAUUGGGUUUCUGUUCAAGUUUCUUUCUCUGCCCCUUUUUCAGUUGUGGGCUUCCCCCAUUUUUAUCUGAUCGUUCUCUAGGCCA